AGGAAGGAAGGAAGGAAGGAAGGAAGGAAGAAAGGAAGGGGUCCCGGGGUUCCUGGGGCUAGGGCUGAGAAUGUCUCACCUCUCUCUAGUCAGAGGGGGGCAGCAAAGAGAGGGAUUCGGAGAGAGGAGGUGGAGGGGGGGAGAGGCGAGCUCCUUUAAAUCAUUUUCAAUUUCCCCAAAUCCUUCCUUUUCCUCUCCUCCCCAAGUCCAGAGGAGAGUUUCUGGAGGGAACAUUUGACACGAUAGGCAAGAUCCAACCACCCUCCAAAGUAAAAUAUCCUGCCUCCAGCUUGGCCUUCCCUGCCACCAGGGACUGGCACUAAAAAGCAGGGACACCAAGUUCCCGUAGAAAAGUUUUUUUCGGGGUGCGGGGGGAAAGAGGAGCCCUCGGAGUUCCUACAACCAUGUUCCUGGCUCUCUUGCCCGCUGGUGCAUUGCAGGGCGUUCUGCCCUUUGCCCCAGAGGGAGCGGAGAUCCGCUGCGAGAGAGUUCCAUGGUGGGACUGAGGCAACAGCCGCGAAGAGGACGAAGGGAACCCCAGGAGUCCGGGCUGGGGGAGGUGCCGCGCAGAGUUCUGGGCGGCCGCGGCCAGGUCGGCGCCGUCGUCGGGGCGCGCGCCGUCGGGGCGCAGGGCGCGCAGCUCCCCAUGGAUCGCGCUGAGACUUCUUUGCCCCCCGGGAAAGAGAGAAUGAAGUAGGAACCCGCGAUGGAGCCGGAAUCAGCCCCGGUCUCCAGAGUCAGAGCAGCUGCAUCCAGGGGGGGAUUCCUCUUAGCCUGGAUUGUCUUCUGUUCUACCUGUGGCCUGGCCUUCACCCAGGGAGAUCCUGAAGAUGUGGAUGUCCUCCAACGGCUGGGCCUCAGUGGGAAGAAGUCAGCUGGUGGACGGGCCCCGGGGCUGGCCCCCGUCCCUCCAGGAGUCAUCCCGUUCCAGUCAGGAUUCAUCUUCACCCAGCGGACCCGCAUCGAAGCCCCCACCCGAGCCAUCAUUCCUGCCGCCUUUGGCACUGAGCUGACCUUGGUGCUGAGCCUUUGUUCCCACCGUGUCAAUAAUGCCUUCCUCUUUGCUGUCCGGAGCAGCAGGAAGAAGUUGCAGUUGGGUGUUCAGUUCAUUCCCGGCAAGAUCGUCCUCUACUUGGGCCAGCGGCGCUCCCUGGCCUUCAGUUAUGAUGUGCAUGAUGGGCGGUGGCACCACUUGGCCAUCAGGAUCCGAGGUCAGGUGGUCACCCUCAUUACUUCCUGUGGGAAGCACCAGAUAUCCAUGGAUUUGCAUUUUAAAAAAGAUGAAUCUCUUGAUCCUGAGGGGUCUUUCCUCUUUGGGAAGAUGAAUCAACACUCAGUCCAGUUUGAGGGUGCAGUGUGCCAGUUCAAUAUUUAUCCUUCUGCCAAGGCAGCUCAUAAUUACUGUAAAUAUCUGAAGAAGCAGUGCAGACAGGCUGACACAUACCGGCCACUCUUGCCUCCACUCCUUCCCCUCCUUCCCCAGGACCCCGAUGCCAAUGUCCACCUUGGCCUCCAGACUGACACCUCUCUGCAGAGCCUGAGGAACCUGACCACUGUGAUGCCUCCACUGGCAUCCCUUCGAAUCGCCAAGACUACCCAGGCCUUGCCCAGAGCACCAGGCAAAGGUGCCAAGAUAACAGUGGUGCCUUCAGCACCGACCAGCCCUGGGUUGGUAGUGCCCCCCCGCCAACCUAUGAGGACUAGCACUGUGGAUCCUCGGUCAUCCCGAUCCACCCCAAUGAGUAGUCUGGUCUGGACCGUACCAGUGACUGCAAAGCCAUUGCCUUUGUCUUCAGGCAAAGCUUCCUCCUCUGUGCUCAGGCCUGCACUGACCACCUCUCAGAGCAGCUCCACCAAACCUCCCAUUCCUGCCAUGACGCCUGUGCCGCCCACAUCCAAAGCCAGUGUGGUUAAGACUCCCUAUAUUCCUAUUAAGCCAGUAACUCCUUCUGUCACUGUGGUCCCGGUUAAGAGGCCCCAUGCUAUGGUCAAGCCAGUGCUGACCUCUCCAUCUAAGAGCUUCCCUUCCACCAUGAAGCCAGUGCCCCUUGGCUCCCACCUCAUCCCUGCCAAAGCCCUGCCUCCUCCUCCAAUGAAGCCCAUACUUCAGAACUCUGCAACAGCCAAAGCUCCUUUUCCCACCGCCAGGCCAGUGCUUCCUGCUGUACGGUCCUCCCCUCCUGUCACCACCAAGACAGUGUCCCAGGGCUCCAGAGUCAAUAUGGCCAGAAACCUUCCUUCUACCAGCAAGCCAGUGUUGGCUUAUACUGGUACAGCCAAGCUGACCCAACCUUCAAUUAAGCCAUCCUUGCCAACCUCAGGUUCUAGCCUAGCCCAGACCCCUAGGCCCCCUGUGAAACCAGUGUUUCCUACCACGGGGAUCAAAUUGCCCAGAACAAUACCUCCUACCUUCUACCCAGGCUCUCCUCCUGGUCUCAAUUCCACUGACAGCAAGAGGGUGGCUGAGUCCACUGUGAAGAAGAAAUCGACUCCAAAGAGUACCCCCUGGCCACCCAGCCAUCCCAGCCCUAGGAAGGCUGGAGAUCCACCUAGUACUGUCUCCUUCCCUUCAGGCCUGAAGAAUCUGACUGCCCAGCCCAUCCCCAAACAGGCUCAGCUCAGUCGUAUGGCUGCCACGGUUCUCACGCAGCGCCCCGUCUCCAGCUCCCAGUUCGUGGGUGCCGUCACCCUCAUUCACACAGAUGGUUACCUGUUCUUUGACCCGAUCAGGCCCACCUUGUUCCCAUUGCUGUUGGGACCUCCGGGGCAGAAGGGAGACCCUGGCUUCCCGGGUCCCCCCGGCUUGCCUGGGUUGCCCGGGAUAUCAGGCAAAAGAGGACCCCGGGGUCCCCCUGGGCCUCAUGGAAACCCUGGUCCUCCUGGCCCUCCUGGUGCAAAGGGACAAAAAGGAGAUCCUGGGCUAUCCCCUGGAAAGGCCUAUGAUGGUGAAAAGGGAGACAUAGGCUUACCUGGACUGACUGGGGUUCCAGGACCAAUUGGCCGAAAGGGACUGAAAGGCUAUCCUGGACCACCUGGACAUCCUGGAGACCAGGGGGAGCCAGGACCAGAAGGGAGUCCGGGAGCCAAAGGCUAUCCUGGCAGGCAGGGAUUACCUGGGCCAGUAGGAGAACCUGGACCCAAAGGAAGUCGGGGGUAUAUUGGUCUCCCAGGGCUCUUUGGCCUGCCAGGACUUGAUGGAGAAAGGGGGCCUCCUGGAGUUCAUGGCAAGAGGGGCAAGAUGGGUAGGCCGGGGUUUCCUGGUGACUUUGGGGAAAGAGGGCCCCCUGGAUUGGAUGGCAACCCUGGAGAUCUGGGUGCCCCAGGCCCACCUGGAGUUCACGGACUUAUUGGUGACAUGGGAGCUAUUGGUCCAAUUGGCUACCCAGGACCCAAGGGAAUGAAGGGGCUUAUGGGAAACAUCGGAGAACACGGACUGAAAGGUGAUAAGGGCGAGCAAGGGCUUCCUGGUGUGCCUGGAGAUAUCGGAUUCCAAGGAGAUAAGGGGAGCCAGGGAACAUCGGGGUCACCAGGUGCUCGAGGAAAGCCAGGUCCCCCAGGCAAAUCUGGUGACAAAGGACCAGUUGGGUUUCCUGGGCCUCCAGGCCCUGAGGGAUUCCCAGGGGAUAUAGGACCACCAGGCCAGAAUGGUCCAGAAGGUGCGAAGGGCAAGCCAGGAGCCCGAGGCUUACCAGGACCGAGAGGAGAGCUUGGGCAGGAGGGAGAUGAAGGACCAACAGGGCCACCAGGAUCCCCUGGGUUAGAGGGUCAACUUGGCAGGAAAGGAUUUCCAGGAAGGCCUGGCCCUGAUGGCUCCAAGGGUGAGCCAGGAAACGCGGGUCGGCCUGGAAGAACGGGUGAGCAGGGCCUGAUGGGAUUUAUCGGUCUGGUCGGAGAGCCAGGAAUCAUCGGAGAGAAGGGUGGCCGAGGUGCAAUGGGACCACCAGGUGCUCCUGGAGCCAAGGGGUCGAUGGGUCAUCCCGGGACAACAGGUGGAGUCGGAGAUCCUGGAGACCCAGGGCCCCCAGGACCUCCUGGAACUCGUGGGCCACUGGGGAUGCGAGGAGCAAAAGGACGUCGGGGGCCCCGAGGACCAGAUGGACCAGCAGGGGAGCCAGGGUCACAAGGUGUCAAGGGCCCUCCAGGAACACAGGGCAAACAGGGCCUGGAUGGACAGCAGGGCCAGGAAGGCGAAAGAGGGGAGAUGGGGCCUCGUGGCUUCCCGGGAAUCCCGGGUCCUUCCGGCCCUCCAGGGGCUAAAGGCAUUCCAGGAGAACCGGGCCCUCAAGGACCACAGGGACUGGUUGGCCCAUUGGGAGAGAUUGGACCACAGGGACCUCCUGGUGCUUUGGGAGAGCCUGGCCUUCCAGGUGAAGCCGGGAUGAAGGGCGAUUUUGGACCUUUGGGCAUCCCUGGAGAGCAAGGUCUGGUUGGUCAGCGGGGAGAGACAGGGCUGGAGGGAGAUAGUGGCCCAGCUGGACCUGACGGUCUGAAGGGAGACAAGGGUGAGCCAGGCCCAGAUGGUGAGCGAGGAGAGAAAGGCAAAGAAGGCCUGAAGGGCAAAGAAGGUCCCCCUGGCUAUCCUGGCGUCACAGGUGUCCGGGGUCCAGAAGGAAAACCAGGCAAACAAGGCGAGAAGGGACGAACUGGACCCAAGGGUGCAAAGGGCUACCAAGGGCACCUUGGUGAAAUGGGCGUUCCAGGAGAGCCCGGGCCAGCUGGCAAUCAAGGCCCAAAAGGAUCCCGAGGCACCCUGGGACCAACGGGUGCUCCAGGAAGGAUGGGAGCUCAAGGAGAACCUGGAUUGCCUGGUUAUGAUGGACACAAAGGACUACUGGGACCCAUUGGACCCCCAGGGCCAAAAGGCGAGAAGGGAGAACAAGGCGAUGAUGGGAAGACUGAGGGCCCUCCAGGGCCUCCUGGAGAUCGGGGUCCAGUGGGUGAUCGUGGAGAUCGAGGGGAGCCUGGAGAUCCCGGAUACCCUGGCCAGGAGGGUGUUGAAGGAAGCAGAGGAAAAGCUGGUCAGCAAGGCUUACCGGGACAUCCUGGACCCCGGGGACGACCAGGACCCAAGGGAUCAAAGGGUGAAGAGGGUCAGAAAGGGAAACAAGGAAAGCGUGGAGAAGCAGGCAGCCGAGGAAUGCAGGGCCUGGUGGGGCAGCCAGGGCCUCGAGGUGUGGUGGGAAGACAAGGCCAAGAAGGACCCCCUGGUCUGGAUGGAGUUCCUGGGAAGGAUGGCCAAGCUGGACAGCAGGGGGAACAGGGAGAUGAUGGAGAAGUUGGACCCGUUGGCCCCGCAGGCAGGAGAGGAAAUCCAGGUGUGGCUGGUUUGCCUGGAGCUCAGGGACCCCCAGGAUUCAAGGGUGAAAGCGGGCUGCCUGGACAGCUGGGCCCUACUGGCAAGCGAGGGACAGAGGGAGGAACGGGGCUCCCUGGGAGCCAAGGGGGGCCAGGAUCCAAAGGCCAGCCGGGUGACUUUGGAGAAAUGGGCUUCCCUGGGAUUGCUGGCCUCUUCGGACCCAAGGGGCCUCCAGGAGAUCUCGGUUUUAAAGGAAUCCAGGGUCCCCGGGGGCCACCAGGUUUGAUGGGAAAAGAAGGUGUCACUGGACCCUUGGGGAUCCUGGGCCCAUCUGGAAUUCCGGGUCCAAAAGGAAACAAAGGAAGCCGAGGAGAUUUGGGAUUACAAGGCCCAAGGGGUCCUCCCGGCCCCCGAGGACGUCCCGGCCCACCGGGCCCUCCUGGGAUCCCCAUCUCAUUUCAGCAAGAUGACCUCGGCACAGCUUUUCAGACAUGGAUGGACUCCAACAGUGCACUUAGGACAGAGCAGGGCUACUCCCAUUCCGACCUCCUGGUGUUGGACCAGGGUGGGGAGAUCUUUAAGACCUUACACUACCUCAGCAGCCUCAUCCAGAGCAUCAAGAAGCCUCUAGGAACCAAGGAGACCCCAGCCCGGAUCUGUCGGGACCUUAUGAACUGUGAGCAGAAGAUGGCCGACGGUACAUACUGGAUCGACCCAAACCUUGGCUGUUCUUCAGACACCAUUGAAGUGACCUGUAAUUUUACCAAAGGUGGGCAGACAUGUCUCCGGCCCAUCACUGCUUCAAAGGUGGACUUUGCUGUUGGUCGGGUCCAGAUGAAUUUCCUUCACCUGCUGAGCUCUGAGGUGAUCCAGCACAUCACCAUCCACUGCCUCAACGUGCCCGUCUGGCAGGAAGGGACAGGCCGGGUGUCCCCCAAACAAGCCGUGCGCUUCCGAGCCUGGAAUGGGCAGAUCUUUGAAGCCGGGGGCCAGUUUGAGCCAGAGGUGUCCUCAGAUGAUUGCAAGGUUCAAGAUGGCCACUGGCACCAGACACUGUUCACUUUCCGGACACGAGAUCCCCAUCAGCUGCCCAUAGUCAGUGUCUACAACCUCCCACCAGCUACCCCUGGGAAGCAAUACCGCCUGGAAGUUGGAGCUGCGUGUUUCCUCUGAACUAUGACCUCCAUGCCACUCCAUGUCAUUCCAGGCCUCUGUGGAUCCAGGACAUGGGGAGGAUGAACAUGGAGGAGGGAGUGUCCAACCCUCUUCUGCAGAGGCAGCUGGGCCAGGGGAAGGAAGAGGAGGAGGUGCCCACACCCUCUCCAUCUCCAAAGUGGGCUGAGUGCCUACUGAUACACACUCCACCCCUGCCUGGAGAAGGCCCAUGGACCCUAGGACAGGCCAUGCUUGUCAUCUGCAGGGUGGAAGCACGUGUGGGGCAUCAGGGGAAGGGAUGGCCCUGGGAUAGGCUGUCCCGGGGUCAGCCCUAGCCAGUAGCUAUGAGGAUGAAGGUGUGAGGUCCGCCCCAAGCCAUCCCAUCUCCAUCCAUCAACCAAAGAACCAUCCGAAAGUGGUGGCAGCCACAACCCAACCCGCAUUCCCCUAUUUCUCUGGUACCAAGUCUCCAAGUCUCCCAGACCCUUCCCUCCCCAGUUCUCUGCCAGGCAGGGAAAGAGGGACUGAAUAAUUCAGGCUCUUCAGUAGCUUUAGAAAAGGGUCGGGGUUGGGUAAUCUUUCCCUUCACUCCCUGCCAGGAAGCUUUUGAUGUGCAAUAUUAGAAAAGAUGGAUGAAACAGGAAAAAAAAAGUAUAAAUAUAUAUAUAUUUUUAUUUAAACAAAGAAAAUAGGAAAUUACUGCUCUUUCCCCAUAAGUGGCCACCUAAUGUCCCACAAUGGGAAGGGAGAGUGGGGGGAAAAAAGAGAGCAAAAGGGAAAGGCGGGGAGGGUAGGGAAAGAAAAAAAAGGCACUAUAAAUGAUCAAGUGGAAAGAUCUUAGGGGCCAGGAUGAACAUGUUUGCUACCUCCCACUGUGAACUCGCUGGUGCUCAAAAAUCAUGUUGUAUUGUAUGUGAUUUUUUUUAAAAAAAAAAAAAGGAAAACUAAGACGCAUCGUAUUUAAGGUUCCGAAGGUGCUAUUCCUUUAGUGGCAGUCUCUGAAGAAACUAUCUGAUGUGGAAAAUGCCCACAUCUGCUUCUCUCCCCAAACAAAAUGACAGAGGUUUGGGGAAUGCCUUUUCUCCCUUUUUCUUCAGCUAGUCUGCAGAAGAAAAGAAGCCAAAAACCAAAAAAAAAAUUUUUUUUAAACAACCUAAAAAAACCCCAAGCCUACCAGCAGUAGAGAUCUACCUUUUAACUUAAGUAUGUGGAAGUAUUUUAAAGGGACAUUCUCUCCUCUUAGGGUGGCAGGGAUGGAAGGGGCUGGGGAAGGGACCUCAGUUGUUAAGCACCAGGGGCUGGAAGGGAGAUAAGAACUGACCCAUCUUCUCCUGUGGGAGGGUGGGAGUGCCUGCUCAGUCCAUCUCCAUCCCUGGACACUGAAUAGAUGUUGGCAAAAGCCCUGCCGGUUAGGGACUGGGCUUCGGAGACUGAGUGGGAAAUCUUAAGGGCUGUCUUUCUGUGCUGCCUGACAGACCACUCCCAGGGUGCCUCCCUCCACCUAUCCUCGGCACCCUUUCGAACCCCAGCAGUCCAGCAUCACUCUGGGAGCUUUGUCCUUUCAAGAGUUGUGUGUGUUUUAUUGUGUUGUCGUGUUUUUUUUUUAAUUGUCACUGUUAAGUUUUGUAGAAAUCUUACGUCGCUAGUCUCUAUGUGUAAAUUUGGAAUGAACAAAAAGAGAAUAAUUACGGUAACCACGGAAGUCUCUAUAAGGGUAACAUUAUUACUGUAAGCCAAGCUGUACUAUAUUGGAAAAAGCUUCACUGCUUGGGUGGUUGGCAUUUUUGUGUUUCGAGGUUAUUCUGAAUAUGGGAUUCUUUUGUAGAACGGGAAGAUUAUAUGUGAAAGUCUUUAUUUGUGUAUAUUGGGAGAGGGCAUUGUCUCUCUUUGGGGUUUAAAUCUGAUUUUUUUUUAAUACCUCACCCUGCCCUACUUCUGCCCCUUUCCCUCUGGCCCCCUCCCAGAACCCUUGUCCUCCUCACCUUUGCCUGGCCUAAACCCUGCCUGUACACCUCAGCACCACCUACCCUCUCCCUUCCGCCCCACCCCCCUACCCCCUCCCCAGCCACAUCUUUCCUGAAGCAGGUGCAUUUCAUCGAUUACUGUAGCCAAGUGACCAGGGGCUGGCUCCUCCCCAACCUCUGGAUUUCCUCCUCUAGUCCUGUUCAUGGUCUUUUGUCUGUCCUUCUGGUUUCGUCCAUUUUUCCAGUCUGUGUUCUUUCCAGAUGUUUUUGUGUUAAGACCCUAUUUUGUUUUCUCUCUCCUGGACUUUCAAUAAAUAUUUAAAGCCGAGGCAAUGAAACUUCA